UCAGUUGGAGACAAUGAUUUACAGUUGCCAUGUAUUUGACUGUGUGCUUAUGCGUAAGGUAUACAGGUGUAUAUGAUAUGUGUGUUUCAAUCAGAGCAAUAUAGAUUUCAGUGAUUCUGAUGUUUGACAUUAUUGUGGACACGGGCAGAUCAACGCCAGUUAAGAAGAGCGAUUGGAGCCCGGAAGCUCCUUUAGAUUGUUACAGAAUUUGCCUGCGCACAUGACACGUAUAACAGGGUAACCAUGUCGUUUUGAAUCCGUUAUGUAUCGCGCUUCUUUCAACAGUAAUCUUGCUACGAAGGAUUGGAGAAGCAGUAUACAUCAGUUCUUGAUAGCAACUGGAAUAAUCAUGCUGCGUAUAUGUGUAUCACCGUUGCUGAUCGUUUCUGAUUAUAUUGAAAGGAAAUAGUCCGGAACUUGAUGACAGAGCAUGCUCAAGGAUCAUAUCAAAUAAAUAAAUAAAUAUAUAAAUCAGCUUAUCGGAUCAUGGUGUAUAUGUAAUUGACGUCUAAAAUCGCGUGAUGGAAAUGUGGCAAAUACAGCAGAAGGCGUGGCAGGUCAAGAAUUGAUUUUUUCAUAUUAUUCACAAGAGGGAAAAUUCGGAAAACUCAGCAAUAGGAUUAUUUGAAUGGCAACACUUGCGGAUCGGAAAACUCGUCAUGAGAGACGCUGGCGAGGCCUUAAGACUCCAACAGAACCUAUGGAUUAUAUGAGACCAAACGCACUUAUCCAUUUUAUGUGAUUGGAUGACUAUAGCACGUAUAAACCAUGAAUAUAUGUCACACACGAUGUAUUGACUCAUAUUACCGUCGUGAGCAAAUCCGUGACUCAAGUCAACGAUUAAAAUCAACAACCAAGGGCACUGCGAGGAGCGGUUCUGUGUAACAUGUUAAUUACCAUCAACUUUGAUUUGUUUUAAAGUGGCUAUGCUCAAAGAAGACUCAGUUCAAUAACAUUGGAUUCAACGAACGUAGGACCCAGCCUUUAAGGGAUAUGAUGAUACAAAUACGAAAAGAGAUAAAAAAGAAUGUAACAUGUUGAUAUCUACCAUUAAGUAUGUCCAUUUUAAGCAAACAGAUCACCGUUCCGUUCAAGAGUACCUCUGUUUAAGCCAGACAAAGUCAGGAUUGGCUUGAAUACAUUAGGAUACCCUUUGAAGGUCUAUAAAGUGUGGUUGAUUAAGUGACUGCUUUGUUCCAAUUCGCUAACUCUUUAAGAGCGUUAGACGGGGGCUGUCAUUUCUUCAUCUUCCAUGAAAAUGUCAACGGCGUGUUUUAAUGGAAUAAUGAUGUAGGGUUAAUUACUAGGCGAUAGCCAGAGACAAUGAUUGAUUCUUCCUUGCCAGGUAUUCUCACAGUUGUUUGACGCUCGGUGUGGUUAGAAACUACAAUAAUGGAUGUGAUUAUGUGGAAACAGUGUGGGAUUAUAUUAACGCUAGUCUUUGUCGCAAAUUGUAUUAUUUACAGAACAACGGACUUAUGACAGAGACAAAGUAGUUAUCAUGAUUGAGAUAAUUAAAUCUGAAUGAAACAUUUACAAAAUGCCAUUGGUAUACAUUUCGUACUUCGUAACAUUUUAAAUAAGGGCAUACAGCAAUUUUACCGCGUAGUAGGAAAGCAAGCAUAGACAGUAGUUCAUUUACAUGGAACUUUAACCGCAAACAGAGAAAAUGAACUGUUUGCGUAGAAGCAAUAAUAUUACGGUAAUAUUACGGUAAACGGGUUUAAUUGUCAUAGCCCAGAAUGUCGCUGGAGGUGAUCUUGUGGUUGACCUUCACCCCAAUCACUCUGAUCAUGGUGAUAUUAGCCAUAGUAUCGGUGCGCCACUACCAAGGCGACUACUACAGCUGUGAUGUAUAUAUCAUCUCUAUACUCUGCUCAGUCAUGUUACAGAUGAUCGUCGCCAUUCCGGUCCAAUGCAACGCUCUGGAAGGCAAAGCAUGGACGCCAUCUUGGUGUUCGGCGUUAUUUUGGUUGAACACAUCACUACGAGCGAUAGAACUGAUGUCAGUGUGUUGGAUUUGUUUAGAUCGGACAUUUCUUUUACGGAAGCGAGAUGUUUUAGUGGACAACUUCGGGAAUUCAAGUACAAUUAAAUUCAUUGUCGUCCUAACGUGGCUGUUUCCGGCCAUUUUAACACUUAUCCCGAUCUACGGCUUGGACAAGACACUCUACCCCAGCGUAGGAAGAUGCCAGUUUCUUCCACAUGAACUCGAACCCAGUUUUGCGGGGUUUAUAGUGAUCGUGGAGAUCGCGUUGUUUUUUGUGUGUGUGAUCUGCGCCGUGGACGCCAUGAUCUCCUUUAAGAGGCUCUUGGUAAAGAGAUUGUUCCGUGCGUCUGCCUACUCCCCAGACACUAGCGCCAGCCAGAUCACGCUAUUGAGCAACCACAGCGGUGGGCCGGAGACAUCGCGGACCCCGGUAUCUUACCAGCCCAAUCGUGCUGCAGGUCUGUCAGGAGAGCAAGGUAGGAAAGAUCGACUGAAAUACCAACUACAAGUGGAGGUCCUCAACAGCACCCUUGUACUAUGCAUUGCCUUGGCGACCUACUGCACAAAAUUUUUCCCCGCAGAUAUCUUAUUAGUGAUCACCAUGAUCUACAAGUUAGAGCCGUGGACUGUGCAGGCCACGUAUCUGUGGUUCCUACACGCCGAAGCUCUCGUGGUCUCUCACAUCUUGUGGAUGGCGUCUUCCCGCUACAGGAAGGCAUAUAAAGUAGUCGUCUUCAAGUGUGAUUUUAGGACGUCUAAAGCUCUAGAGGACGAGCGGAUGGUGCGCUUACAGUCGGUCUUCCGACGAGGGACGAUGUCUCAUGGAGCCGGAGCCUCCGUGACAUCAUCCAACACCGAAAACGCUGAUGUGAGAUCCGAAAGCACUCUUGGUCGAAACACACGUCCGCAUCGGUAUAAAAAACGAUACGAGCAAAAACUGACCAACAUCUCACUGGACCCUGUUCCACCUGAGCCUCGUAAGGAGCCAUGGUGGAAAACCGCCCUUGCUCAGAGUAAUAAAUAUGAACUGUCCAGCUUCGGGAGGACCCCUUACGGCGCUAAAUCCCACAGGCAGUAUGGGCCCAGCAAACCACAGGGGGAUGAUCGGUCGGAUGCGUACUUUUACAUGCAGGAGGUGCCAUCAAUAUCCAAAGGAACUCCGAUGCUGGCACGCGCCUCCCAAGGGGGACCUUCGACGUCCAAUGAUACAUCGUCCUCGAGCACCGCCUUUGCGGGCAGGCGCGACAACGAAGGAAGAUACGUUGUUGAUCCCAGUUCGUCGGGAUUUACAGGAUACAUGUCAAGUGACUAUCACCACGACUGUUUGACACAAGAUUGGAGCUUGAAGCGUCAAAACAGGCACUCCACUUUGGAGCCCCUUGCGGAGUGUGAGACCAUAUCGCUGGAUGAUUCUGACGAUGUGCAGGUAGAGCCACCUGCAAAAACGCCACAGGUUUCUCAAACCUCUUCUAAUUUUGACAAAAAGGGAAGUUUGAGCCAAAUUAAAAAGACAACACGACCAAUGCGAAGUCCUAUAAUGCCAACGAAUAUUAAGUCUUUGCGAGAUUUCAGAAAACAGUUCCAAGAGGAUAAUUCCAGCAGUGGAAGAGAUUCGGACUCCGUAGAUGCAAUUCCAAAUGGUGGAGUCAUGACAAACGGUUCCACGCCGGUCGAUUACGACAACGUGCGUCACAAGUCCGUUGUUCAGAUAGAGAACAGAAAAUUGAACAGCUCUUUUAAUAAUAAUAACCCAACUAAGAAUGCUUCACACUCUGUUCGGUCUGGGGCGAAUAACUUGUCGAAAAACCCUGUUCCUGCACCUAGAAAACUGUCCAGUAAAAAAGCUGGCACCAAAAAGCCGCCAGAUCAGAAGAAUGGUCGAGAGUCGCACCCAAAAUAUGUAACAGUCAUAUCAAUAGUUUGAUUUUGUGAUAUAUAAUGUCUCACUAUGGGGGCAACAAAAUGCUAUAAUAUUUGUUUAUGGAGGCUGUUACAGAAUUAUUAAUGCAAAGAAAUUAGUAUGUAAAUACUAUAUUUUAUUUAUUACCACUGUAAGUAAUUUUUCAACAAAAUGUUGAAAAGUUUUUCUACCUGAAUAUCCACGAGGACACUACGAAAUAAUAUAAUGUUACAUUGUAUAAAAACACGAUACAUGUGUACCAUUGGUUACCCUGAGUUGCUGAUGGUCCCCUUGCGCCACCUGGGUGUGGUAAGGAAGGUCUGGUACACUGGGAUUCAGGGUGUGACCAUUUUUAGAACACAGUAUUCAGUAUCAUGCGAAUCUGUGCGCAUAAUAACUAAGCUUAGGUGUGAAUUACAUUACUUCAUCGCUCUAUCAAUAAAACGUGAUAGUUUUGUUGCUGUAUGGGAAAUUUUGUCGCAAUUGACUGGGCUACGCUUCGCAAAAUCCUUAUGGUCAUAAAUUUUACCGCCAUCAAAGACUAUUUGUAAAACGCACGAUAAAUGUUUGAGCUUUUCUAUUGAGGACGGUUAUACUUUUCUCUUCUUUUGUUUUAAUUAAUACUCUUUAUUUAUUUAUUUUUUCAUUUUUUUAAAUUAGUCAGCUGAAGGUACACGCCAGUAGUCGACUAGAACAAUUAGUCAGGCCACAGUGAUGCAGGCUUUCCGUGAUGACUAUUUUGAUCUGUUGACCGGAUUUUGUAGCACUGAGCAUGUUAAAUUAAUCUCAAUCGAUUGAACUGAACAUUGGAUUCACGGGAAUUUUGAUACUUUAAGCUGUGAAAGUCAUUUACUUUCUUGGUUAAACAAACUUCGUUGUUGGGAUCAGGACUUAUUUUAAAAACGU